GGAGACUGCCGGCUGUGCUGGCUUGGACGUGUCUCCCUCUCCUCUCUCUCCUCUUCUCUCUGUCUCUCUCCUUAUUCCCCCCGCCCCCAUUUUGCACAGAAGCCGCGAGGAUAAAUUCACUGCAGGCUCUGACCGCGUCCCUCUUCCCCCCGGCCAGCGCCGGCUCCUCGGGAAAGUUUAGAUUGCUGCUGAUUUGACCCUCUGGAAUCUGCAAAAGGAAACUCUGCCAGCCUCUGUGAAUAGCUGUGCAGUGUAACAGGAGUGGAGUUCCCGAGCAGAAUCGCUGAGAGAUAUGUGAAUGUGCGGGAGCAAAGCUGAGCACAGUGGUGUUUCUGCCUCAAACCUGGGCUGGUUCCCCAGGCACAGUCUGCGUGUGGGGUGAGUCCUUCGAGGCACCUGGAGAUGAUGUCAGUCGAAGGCUCUACGAUAACAAGUCGGAUCAAAAAUCUGCUUCGCUCCCCUUCCAUUAAGCUGAGGAGAAGCAAGCCUGGGAACAAGCGAGAAGAUAUAGGCAGCAGGGUGACUUUGGAGAAGGUGUUGGGCAUAACUGUGUCGGGAGGCAGAGGAUUAGCCUGCGACCCCAGAACUGGCCUUGUUGCUUAUCCAGCAGGAUGUGUUGUUGUGCUGUUCAACCCUAGAAAAAAUAAGCAACACCAUAUUCUAAACAGCUCCAGGAAAACAAUUACAGCUCUUGCUUUCUCUCCAGAUGGAAAAUAUUUGGUUACAGGAGAGAGCGGCCACAUGCCAGCGGUUCGGGUGUGGGACGUGGCCGAGCGAAGCCAGGUUGCAGAGCUCCAGGAGCACAAGUACGGCGUGGCCUGUGUGGCCUUCUCCCCCAGCUCCAAGUACAUCGUUUCUGUGGGCUACCAGCAUGACAUGAUUGUCAACGUGUGGUCAUGGAAGAAAAACAUCGUAGUGGCAGCCAACAAAGUCUCAAGUAAAGUGACAGCAGUGUCAUUCUCGGAGGACUGCAGUUACUUUGUCACUGCUGGAAACCGACAUAUCAAGUUCUGGUACCUGGAUGACAGCAAAACCUCCAAGGUCAAUGCCACAGUCCCCUUGCUGGGCCGCUCGGGAUUGCUUGGAGAACUGAGGAACAACUUCUUUGCAGAUGUGGCUUGUGGAAGGGGCAAAAAAGCUGACAGCACUUUCUGUAUCACAUCCUCAGGCCUGCUCUGUGAAUUCAAUGAGAAAAGGCUGCUAGACAAGUGGGUUGAGCUAAGGACCACGGUGGCAAACUGCAUCUCUGUGAAUCAUGACUACAUCUUCUGCGGCUGCGCUGACGGCACCGUGCGGAUUUUUAACCCUCUGAACCUUCACUUUGUCACUACUCUGCCGAAGCCACACUUCCUGGGAACUGACAUCGCAAGUGUGACUGAGGCCAGCCGUCUUUUCUCCGGUGUGGCUGAUGCGAAAUAUCCAGACACGAUUGCCUUGACCUUUGACCCCACCAACCAGUGGCUCUCCUGUGUAUACAAUGACCAUAGCCUGUAUGUGUGGGAUGUCAAAGAUCCGAAGAAAGUGGGCAAGGUGUACUCUGCUUUGUAUCACUCUUCCUGUGUGUGGAACAUUGAGAUGUAUCCAGAGGUGAAGGACAACAAUCAGCCCUGCCUCCCCCCUGGUUCUUUCAUCACCUGCUCUUCUGACAACACCAUUCGUCUGUGGAACACUGAAAGCUCCAACAUCCACGGCACAGCCCUGCACCGCAACAUCCUCAGCAAUGACUUGAUGAAAAUCAUCUAUGUAGAUGACAACACUCAGGUACUUCUGGACACUGAUUACAACUCGGCAGGAAGCGCAGACAAAGCUGAUGCACAAGUGCUGGAUACGAAGGUGGGGAUACGCACUGUCUGUGUGAGUCCCAGCGGGGAGCACCUGGCCUCAGGGGACAGGAUAGGCACUCUCAGAAUAUACGAGUUGCAGUCUCUGAAGGAAAUGCUGAAGGUGGAAGCCCAUGACUCUGAGAUCCUCUGUCUGGAAUACUCCAAACCUGACACAGGUUUAAAGCUCUUAGCCUCAGCCAGUCGGGAUAGAUUGAUUCAUGUCUUGGAUGCUGGGAAGGACUAUAGCCUGCAGCAAACCCUGGAUGAACAUUCUUCUUCCAUCACUGCAGUGAAGUUUGCAGCCAAUGAUGGGAAAGUGAGAAUGAUAAGCUGUGGGGCAGACAAGAGCAUCUAUUUCCGCACUGCGCAGAAGACAGGUGAAGGGGUCCAGUUUACCCGAACACAUCACAUUGUUAGGAAGACCACUCUUUAUGACAUGGAUGUGGACCCCAGCUGGAAAUAUGCAGCUAUUGGAUGCCAGGAUCGUAACAUCAGGGUUUUCAACAUAAGCAGUGGCAAGCAGAAGAAGCUUUACAAGGGAUCCCAAGGUGAAGAUGGCACCCUUAUCAAAGUGCAAACAGAUCCUUCUGGUCUUUAUAUUGCAACCAGUUGUUCUGACAAGAACCUCUCCAUCUUUGAUUUCUAUUCUGGCGAGUGUGUUGCAACCAUGUAUGGACACUCAGAGAUUGUAACUGGGAUGAAAUUCAGUAAUGACUGCAAACAUCUGAUCUCUGUUUCUGGUGACAGCUGCAUUUUCAUCUGGCGUCUGAGCUCAGAGAUGACCAUCAACAUGCGGCAGCGGCUGUCGGACAUGAGGCAGAGAGGGAAGCAGGCGGAGAAGUCUCCUCCUCACAAGGCAGCUGGACUCAUCAGGCAUGAGUCCAUCUCUGCCCUCUCCUCUGUGCCUGCACUCUCAUCAGACAGCGACAAGGAUGGUGAAGAUGAAGGGAAUGAUGAAGAUGAGUUACGAGGGCUGCAAUCUUUCCAUGUUCAGUCCAACUGCAACACUGAGAGAGACUCAGAUCCAGACCUUACCCUCUCAAGAAGCCUUUCCCAGUGGGAAAUGAGGAGGGCCAAAGAGAUAGCGGCAAUCCAGCGCUCAGAGGCACCAAUGAGCAAGAUGCCGCGGCAACGGAGUCGCUGGUCCCAGCCAGCCAGCAGCAUAGAGAUGACUGUGAAAUCCAUGCUCGACCUGCGUCAGCUCGAGUCCUUCUCUGUUUCCCGUUCUCCCAGUCGAGACUCGCUGUCCCAAAACAGCAACGGGGAUGACAGGGAAGAGCACACUGACCUUCCUGUGCACGUCAACAAAGUUGGCAGCUCAAUACCUCCCCAAGAUAACGGGUCUUGUGUGCGACCCCAAGUGAUUCGGCUUGUGUCUUGCGAAGAGGGGAUUUUCUCUCAGGAACUGGAACCUUCUGAGAGUGAGGAAUGUGUAAUCUACCCUGAGCAAGAUGAAAUCCAUCCCACGGACUCUAGCAGUGAGUUCCAGGUAAAAGCAUUGCCCCAUGGGAAGCUCUGUAGAGGUUAUCACAGUAAUGGAUGCCCAGACAAACACAGUCCAGACAGUGCUUGCUCUGUAGAUUACAGCAGCAGCCGUCUGUCCAGCCCAGACCAGCCGAAUGAAGAUUCUGAAGGCACUGAGCCUCUAAGCGUAGAUGGUGUCUCAGACCUGGAGGGAGAAGAAGGAGAGGAGGAUACGGGUACUAGCAUGACUGAAGGAGAAAUUCCUCAGAUACCUGAUCAGGAAAAGUUCCUCAAGGAGCAUUUUGGGACCCUGAGCAACACUGAUGGAAAAGGUGGCUCAUGUAGGAAUCUGGAAAGGACCGAAAACCUCAGCAUUUCCUCUCGCUUUCUUUCCCGGUCCCCAGCACUCAGACGAUUGUCACUCUCUUCCUCAAAUCUGACACUGGAUUCAAAGCCCAUCGAGCCACCAACCCAGACCAGUCAGUUUACACCAAACCUGUUGAAAAAUGACAGCAGUCAUCCUGGUGAUGCGUUGGAGAACAGCCAUCUCCUAGAGAAUGUAAAUUCCAAUCGAGCUAUUUAUGUGCAGAAAAAGCGCAGAUCAGCUUUGGAGAGCAGCAGAGCUGGUAUGGCUCCUGGACGGGUUAUUGCCUCCUUUCCAGAAGGGCCUGUCAAUGCAGUCAUGAGAAAGGCACAGUCAGUGCAUGACCUCGUGCAUGAGGAUAAGGGUCCAGGAGUGAUAUCUUCUGCCAAGCAGCGUCCUCAGACUCUUUUGGUGGUUGAGAAGGAUCUCAGACCUAACAGUUGCAGGGUGUUGUCAGCCAGUAUGUUGAAGAUGGAUGGAUCUGGUGCUCUGCUGGCCAAAGAUGUCAGGGCUGCAAAACCAAAGUCCUACAUGAACCCCACAACCAGCUUCCGGGCUAAGAUGUCAAGGAGCAUAUCUGUAGGGGAAAAUCUGUACCUUGGUUGCUCCACUGAAAUGCUGACUGAUGGGAGGAGUAGUCCUCCAGUGACAGAGAAGACACAAUUCAGUUCCACAUCAGAUGCUGAGAAGAUUAAGCUGCCAGUGAAAGAAAAUGUUCCAGUGAAACCUGCACUCCAGCCAGUUGUAAACUGCUCAUCUCCCAAGUCCUUCCACAGCAAGUUGGCAUCAUCAAACCGAGCACACCUGAUUCUUGACAUUCCCAAGCCAUUACCUGAUAGACCCACACUGGCCUCCUUCUCACCCACUACCAAAACAAAAACCCUGCUUGAGCCACAGUCUCCACAGUCACCUGCUGGGGGCUCUAAAAAGAAACCCUCUUUUCCUGAGGUCCGAGCCUCCAAGAGGGAGAAUCAAACUGCUGGGUCUCUGGUUCCUGGUAGAGAGAUCCCAACAGGGCUUGCUAAGGAGAGCCCAGUGGAUUAUCCAGUCUCAAGGACAGAUUGCCAGGAUGAGCCGGGGGUCACUAGUCUAAAACUGAGGGAGGUGUCAGAGGGCCAGCAGCCAAGGUCUCCUGAGAGCACACUGCCCAGGGGCAGGGAGCGGAUCACCGGCAUCGCCUGUGUGCUAGACAGCCAACCUGGACUUUGCCCACUAGACCCCAUCAGGCCGAGGUCUCCUACAUCUGUAACUGCCUCGGCACAGGUCUCAGAAUCGGGCAUCAGCAUGGAGCAGUGUGAGCACGUGGUGUCAGAGCUCCAGGACAGCAUGCGCAGAGCCCUUCGCCUUUACCGCAGGGUGUUAAACGAUACGGAAUCUUCUACAGACAAAGAUAAAAUAGCAGGCCUCCUGACAGAAACGUUCUCCUCAAUGAAGAAAGAACUGGACUCUCUGAAGGAUGCAGAAGAGCUUCCAAAAGAUAAGGAGGCGCUGCUGAAGCCACAAGAUAACCCUAGCCCACUGAACGAGGGGUGUGGUGCCAAUCUACCGAGUCCUAAGAGUUUGGGAGAUGAGCAGACACUAGCUUUGUUGGAACAGUACUCGGAGCUAUUGCUGCAAGCUGUGGAACGACGCAUGGACAAAAAACUCUAAGAGGGAUGGCUUUCAGGUGUUUGUGAAUACACAGAAAUAAUUGCAAGAAGAGGACCACAGAAAGAGCUUCAGACCAAUGCUAUCAUCAGCUGGUCUAGGGCUGGUGGGGAUUCCUUUAUAAAUUGAUUUCCUCAGGCUCUAACAACUGACUUGUUCCAAUUCUUAGCAGUGUGCUGGCCACAGUUUUAGUAUUUGUUUCCUAACAGUCUUCAACUUCCUGUCUCUAAACAAAGUCUUGAAAGUGGAGUUUGGAGAAAUUGCCUUGAAAUUUCUUCAUAGCCAGGAGGUCAGGAUGUUUGACACCUAAAAAUACAAAGAAAAUCCAGUUUAUACAAGAAAUUCUGAACUGCUGACUAAAAGCAAAGGAGUCCAUGUGAAGCCAAACCCUUCCUCUCCAAGACUUCAUGAGAAUCAAGUAUCAGACUUUUAAUGGGUUUAUUUAUUAAUUUAUUUCUCUUGACUGUUGCUUUAUGCCACAUUUGUGGCUGUUAUAUUUGUCCUUUAAAAAAACCUAUCAAUCCCUUUGCCAUAUCCCAGCGAGAAACAAUCUCUGUAUUAUAAAUCCCCAACAGGGAGACAGGCUGGAGUGUCUGUGCAAUUAAUGAACUGUUCUCUGCUUAGAUCUUGUCUUGCUGUUCCUGCUUUUCCUGCCUUAGUUUUGUUCCCUGCAGUAAUCCUGCUGUUGUUAUGACAACCCUGUCUGCUUUGCUAUUGUGUCAAGACAGUCCCCACGCUAUUUUAUCUGCAUUCACCUCCAGGGAAGGCUCUGUGUCCCUUGGGCCAUGCUUUGGAGAUUACUUUAUGAAUUCAUUAGUGGUAUUUUUAAUCUGAAAUUUGAAUACUUCAGACUGGGUUUUCUGCAGACAUAUUAAAAAUUAAAUUUAGAUACAAUACAAAAGUUUGUUUCAGCCACCUUUCAUGAUUAGGAAUUGGAUACUGACUUUGAUGUUGUUAUGAUUUAUUUGUGGAGAAGUGACAUGGAAAAGCUGGUUUCCAUCUCUUACAGCAUAACUCUGGAUUUGAGAGAUCUUCAGUGCCAUGGCUCAUCUGUGUCAUUUGUUCAUUUCACUGUGACAGGAAAAUGUUUUCUCCUUGCCUUUUUUUGAAAACAGAAUAUUUACAUCCCAAGAAAGCUGGAAUUCUCUUACCUUUUGUAAAGCUAUUUCAAAUCCUCUCAGAAAAUUAUUUCCUUAGAACUUCAAAUGAGAUAUUUGGGGGUGUGAUUACCACAAUUUCCCCUGCCUCUAGGCUCUUUGCUUUUCAUGAAUUUCUGGUCUGAGAAACAGAAUCUUCUCUUCUUGCAUUUGUAUGUGCAAUAUUCUUCUUGCCCUGUGGAGCUUCUCUAAACCCAUGCUAACUUGUGUCUGUUGUGGCUUAAGAUUGUCCAGUGAUAUUUUUUAGGUCAAUGAUAUAAGCUAAGAAAAAAAAUUUAAACCAAUGAAAUUCUUCAGCACCUUCCCCCUUACUCCCACUCCUUUCAUCAGCAGGGGCAAAUACACAAAAUAUUUAUUUCUGCCAUCUCCAGUCUGUCUUGCAUUUAUUUUAAGGCAGAGCAGUGUAAUGCCAGUUCAUAAAACCAGUGCAAGCAACAAGAACUUGGUGGGAGCGAGACUGCUAGCAUCUGUGCAAGUCAGUCAGAGGCAGCCAGACUGCAUCACUUGGUUACAGAGGCUACAGGAUGGAAGCAGUUUUCUUUCAUUUUACUGUCCUGGCUGCUGUCUCUGAAACCCUGUGGCACUUGGAAAUGUGGUCUGUUGACUUCUCUGUCUUUCUGUGACUGCAGAUCUGCAGUGCAGCCUUUUUUCUGCUGGUCUGGCCAGACUGGCAUAGGACAACCUAUUUCUCCUGAGUAACUCUAGGGCUGAAUAAUCUGCAGUUCUGUCAUUCCCCUUCAGGUUUGCUGCCUGAUCACUGCCAAGUGCUUCAGGACAUGGCAGUAUGGGGAACACUUGGAGAGCUUUGCAGCUGCUUCUGCUUGUAAUUGAAAUCUGCCUAAUCAUGUUUUGGGUGUCCUUGCUAACUUUUCCUUCCAUGGGUUUGUACUGAAAUUUUAAAGGGGUUAUUUUCUAGCGUUGUCUCUGCACUGUAUUGUGCUGAAUCAGCUGGUGUGCUCAGUUCCAUGGGCAACUUCUCUUGCACAGACAGGUUUUGCAAAGGAAGGCAAGUUGGAAACCAGAGAGGAAAUUUCUGGCGGUUUCUCUGAGUGGAAAGGUGAGCUGGAGAUGCUGCAAGUGGAAUGUGAUAACAGUCGUGCUGGGUCUGUGAUGGGAGUUAGUGUGAGUCAAGCUUGCUUCUGAGGUGACCAGUUCCUCCACUUUCAGACUGUGAACAUAUGUCCUAGUAUACAGGAAAUGUCUUGCUCUACUGGGGCCACAAGACACUCAGGAAAAAUAACAGUUCCUUGAACCCAGGUAUAUUUUGGUACUGUGAUAAUGGUUUAGGGUUCUUUAUAUUACUUCCUUGUGCAAUUUUAUACCAUUUUAUUAUUUAAACAUUGGGUAGUGACAAAAAGGUCAGAGAUGAUACAGAAGAGCCAGUGGCGAGAAUGAAAUUACCAUGAAGGUAAAGGGCAACAACCAGCAAAGCUGGCAUAGAGGUAUGAAACAAAGCUCCUUGCAAAUAAGUUGUGUGAAGCAAAUCUGAUUUUUAAGAUGAUCAGAGAGGGUUUUGUUUCUUGGAAUGGAUUUUACUUGGAUCAUGGCUGUAUACAGGAAACCAGAGGUAAAAUCUGAUCAGAAUGAUGGCGAGAAAAGUGUUGGGCAAGUAGAUCAGUUGGAGAAUGGUUGUGUAGUUUAAAAUAAAUUUAGAAUAGUAUACGUAGGAGACUCAGGAAAACAGAGUAGAAGUAGAGAUGGUCUUGGUCUGAAGAACACCAUUUAGCCAAUACCUGUGAAUGGUACAAUACCAAAAGGCUUCGGGAAAGUAGAUAUAGGACUUGAAGAUGGUGAUCUGUAAUUGAAGGAUGAAUUGGAAGGAGUUUGUUUUUAAAUAUGUUCUAUUGAGCCUCUUGCUUCUUCUCUUGCUGCUCUCUAAGCAACUACUUUUUUUCUUGAAUGACAAAGUCAUGAGCUGCUUGUUCAAGGCUUUGAUAUUUUGAAUUGAUUAGAAGCCCAGUGAAGGAGACACUGGUGCCACAAGUUUGUUGCUGAGAGGGGUGAGGAGAUAGUGUUGCUCUUUCUAAGUUAAGACGUAUCCAGCUAAUUCUUCCCUCCUAAGUUCCUAUUGCUGGCAGUAGGAAAUAUUACUAAAACCUCUAGUUUACAGAACAAAAAGAGCAUAAAUGCAUUGCAUUUGCACCUUGUGAACAUGUUUCACUGCAGGCUGUCCAUUGGGCCAGGUAGAGAAAUAAUGAAUGGUAACUGCCUGGGAAGUGAAGAGGCUUGUCAGAGGAGGUAAUAAAUUCGAGUCUAUCCCUCUUAUUGGUUUGCAAUCCCUUUUACUGGUUUGUGUGGGUGUUAGCAUAGGCACCUGCACAGCAAGAUAACAAAGCCUGAAAAAAUAGUUUGAACCUACCUAUCCUCUUUGCGUAUAUUUUCAACUCAACAUUCCUGGUCAAAAUGGGAAGUUUUCGGUUUCUUUUCCAUCUUGCAAAUCAUACUGCUUUGCCUGUGGAACCCCUCAGUUUGUUUAAGGGCUCCCUUGAGCUGGGACAGUAGGAAGGGCUGCAACCUGAAAGGGCAGCAAACUGUUGUAUUUCCUGCUGCAGACAGGUAACCCCUUCCUCCUCCCCAUCCCUCAGCGCCACGCAGGAGCUGUGUGUAUGGGAGUUCACCUUUCUCCCACCUCCUCUCUCAGGCUGUCCUCUCCUUUCCACGCGACCUCCCAGGUGACGACUGGGGCAUGGCCUUACAGCAGCCCCCUCCCCAGCCUCCCCGUUUUGCAAACUUCAUCAGGACUCAGAGGAAUUGGGACGUUUCUUUCUGGGAGUAGAAACAUACCAACUUAAUUUUUUAAAAAGAACGAAUAUGUAUAUAAUUAUAUAUAAGAAAAAAACCACGAAGUGCAGGUAUUUAAACACCCUUGGUAAAUUCGUGCAUGUAUACAGUGUCUUCCCCCCAGCCCGCUGGAUGUGUAGCAUCCAGGACACUAAAUGACAAAAACCUCAUUGCAAUGAUAGACAGGUCUUCUGGCAGUCCCCCGAGAGAGCAGGUGGUUCCUUCUCUGGGUAAGCCCGGCGUGUGCCGUGUUUCGGAUGGUGACACGGGGCGGCCGCGGCCGUGUUCGUGUCACCUUCGUGUCACCGGGGACACGCGCGGGGCCGCCGCGUUCGGAACAAGCCAUGUCCGCCCGCGCUCGCCCUGUUCCCCCCCUCCUGCACUGCCCUUUUCCUUCGCUCCUUUAAAACACAAACAAAAACCCCUUCCUGUUUUAUUUAUAAAUGCGUGUUUUUAUACUUUUGGCUUUAGGUAAAACAAAAUAAUACAUUGUCUUGGGUUUUUUUAAUUAUUAUUUGGGAAAAUAAUUAAAAAAUCCGUUUCUUGGGUUUUGUGGGGGGGUUUUGUUGUUUGUUUGGUUUGGUUUUUUUUUUUCUUUUUUGGUCGCUUUUUUUUUUUUUUUUUUUUUUUUUUUUUUUUUUUUUGCACUGUGAGGCUCCCCUGGGAGCUGUUUUUAACUCUGUAUCCAUUUGUACUUCGUGUCUUAAACAGUUUCAAUAAAAACGUGACCAUUUGUUACCGAGCUGCGCGCCUCACUCGGGAACUGCGCCCGCGGUUCGU